AAUGCCCAGCUACAAACUCACGUACUUCGACACGCACGGCCGUGCAGAGAUCACACGGCUUAUUUUUGCCGCUGCCGGACAGAGCUACGAAGAUGUCCGCAUCAAACGCGAGGACUGGCCCAAGAUCAAAGCGAGUUUUUACGGCAAGAACAAUCUGGAGCAGCUGGCCAUUGACCAGGUAGUACAGUUGGUUCAGGACUUCAUCUCCGGCAUCGUGAAAGUUGUGCGGGAGCCGGAUCCGGCCAAGAAGGGGGAGCUGCUGAAGGAAUUCUGUGCCGAGGACGCCCCCAAGUAUUUCGCCAUGUUCGAGCGUCUGCUCAAAGACAACGGGACAGGCUACUUCGUGGGUUCCUCGUUGACCCUAGCAGACUUGGCCCUCUUCGACUUCGCCACUGGCCUCAACAACAUGAGCCCUGGAGUCCUGGACAAAGCGCCCGGAGUUGCCGCCCUUUGCCAGAAAGUUCUGACCAAUGAGAAGAUCAAAGCCUACGUGGACACCCGGAAACCCCUCUCCAUCUAGAUUGUGACGUCACACUCACUGUCGCUGCUUCUGCGAUGACGUCACACACUGCAGGCAUAGAGGAUGAAGAAGAAAGAAUACUCGGAGGAAGGAUGGAGAGAGAAAAGACUCGUCGUACCUGAUAAACUUUAAUCCUUCCCUGUGUUGACCAAGUUUGUACCCAGCUGCGCUACACUGGUCCACUUUCGGGGACGUCAAAAGAUGAAUCAUUUUUUACGUUGUACUUUUGCUUGCUUGGAUUUUUCUGGAUUUUAUCAUUUGUGAUGGCGUCACUGGCGCCUCGUUUUGGGUUUUAGUUCUCAGGAAAAGUAUGUAAAAUCAAAGUUUACCCUCACCCUGCCCCUCGCCCCCCUCACCCCUGCCCUCACCCCGCCCCACCCUAUCCCUUUCCUGCGUCACGAUGACGACAUUCCGUAGUUUCCUGUUCUUGAGAAACAUAACUGUGACUCUCACUACUGUGACCCCUGCACUGACCCCAGACGUUGAGCACUGGAUCAAGCAGUUCAAAAUAGUGGGGUACAGUGUGGAGGUAUACAAUACUUUUACCGAGUUUCAUGUUCUCGCCACAUAAAGCUAUACCACUCAGGAGUCUUAUUACACCACGGUUCUUUUUUUUUUGGCGGAUGGGUGGGAGGAAGGGGGGGGGGGGUAAAAACAAAUGUCGUACACUACUUUACCCAAGCCCUGUACGUUUUUCUUGUAGAUGGUGGUAAAGCAAACAUUUCCUGUAAACUAUUACACAUUUCCUGAUGUAUUAUUUGUUUUUACUUUUAAUACAUUUAUCGAAAAACAAAUUAAACGUCUUUUUAUGUUUACUAAGA